UAUUUUCCUCUGUGCAAUCUUAAUAUUUACAAUGCAAAACCAUAUCUGCUGCAUAAUUGCACAAGAGGUAUGGAGAAAAGUUUUCGGGGGUAUUUGCAAGUUUACAACUCUAUCAUUCUUCUCCUGUAAAAUGGAUGUAGUAGCAAUGAGUAUAUUAUGGCAUUGUUUUGCGGUACCUGUUCUCACAUUAGCAUUUCUUAUGAAGCUAAAACAAUAGCUUCAAAUUAAUUGUUAAAGUUUUGUGUGUCAUCAACAGCCUAAGGUUCCUGCAAGCUACAUGUACACAUCUUUAGCAGCAAUUUCAUGGCAAUCUCCUUUAAUGCUUUGCAGUCAUCAGCUUCAGAUUCAACCUUUAGUGAAAUCCAACUAUGGUAAGAGCUAGAACUAAACUGCUGUCCUCUGAUGUUGCCACCAUUUCAAUCAGGCUUUGGUUAGGUCUCUUUUAAUGUCAUGGUAUUGGCAUCUGUUGUAAGAAUGUCGUUUCUUUUUGUUGUUUCAUUCCUACUAUUUGCAUCUGAACGAGGUACCAUCUAAAAAUACAAGUCCCCGACAACCAAACAUUUGUUAAUUGUUAAAAACAGCCUGCUGCGAAGCAUUGCGUUCAACUUUAAGAUGGUUAUUCGUUAAAUAAGUAAAAACGACGUAUCGUUUUCCUCCAGACAACACGACGUUUUGUCAAUGCCUGAACCAGGAGUGUCUAUCAUCAGAAAGUGUUAUAAAUAGUCUGCAGAAAACAGCACAGAGCACUACAGACAAUCUUUCCUCCAUCUCCUUCUCCACCUGCUACGUCAUCGUUUUGAUGGCUUUAUCGCUGCCCAGAAAAUGGAAAAACAGCAUCUUUUUCACUUCAACGUUAACUCCAAAUCUUAAAGUUAAUGGGUUUCGAUCAAAAUCAGCUUUAGAAGCAAUAGCGAAAGCAAGAGAAGAAGAAAAGAUACAAACUUUAGUACUAUACAAUUACCCUUCUUUCUCUGGAGCUUUCUCUGCUCUAUUUGCUCACCUUUUUCACUCUAAUUUCAAUCUCCCUCACCUCAUCUUGCCUUUCUCUUCCGUUCAUCCUUUCAGUGUUCAAGAUUUUUGCUUUGAAGGACUUGAAAGAUGUUAUCUUUUCGAUUUUCUUGGUCCACCAGGAUUUGCGUCUAUGCUUUCAAAGAAAACAAUGUGCCAGGUACUAGGGUUUGAUCAUAGAAAAUCUCUGCUUUCAAGAAUUUCUUCUAUAGAAGAGUGUCCAGAGAACGUAACAUUUCAUGUUGAUGUUGAGAAGAGUAGCUCUAGUGUUGUAUAUGAGUACUAUUCUAAUAGGCUUAUAGAUAUGAAGUCUCCUAAUGGAGCAGUUGCUAGAUUGUUGAACCCAGAAGACCAAGACCGUGUUGAGAUGGUUCUUAAGUAUGUUGAAGAUGUAGAUAUUCGACGAUGGAGCUUACCAGAUAUUAGAGCUUUCAGUGUUGGACUAAGUGAAUGGCGCUCGAAGCUCAAUUGCAUCACUAACCCAUUUAUUUUUGAAGAGUUAUUGGAGAUAAGUUCCACCAGCUUAAUUGCCAAGGGAAAUUCUUAUAUUUCCUCUCGUCAGAGUGCUGCAAGCAAGUUGCUGGAAAAAGUGUUUAAAGUUCGGUUGGGUAGAGGAUUAUAUGGAGAGUGCCUGGGAGUCAGAGCAGAUGGAAAUUCCAACUUAAGUGAUGAAAUUGGCAGGCAACUCAGUGUAAAGAGUGCUGAAGCUGGUCUAAGGCCCAUGGGAGCUGUUGUCUACCUGCAACGGAAUAAUCUUAAGAUGUGCUUGAGGAGUACAGAUAAUGCAACUGAUACCUCUGAAGUUGCAAAGUUUCCUUUGCUUUCCCCAUCUCUGAAGGCAUAUGGUGGAGGUGGCUCACGGAGUUCCAGCUCAUUCAUCAUACGAAUGGAUGAGUAUAAUCGGUGGCUUUCGGACAGUCCAUCAUGAUUGCAUCAAGUUAUGAUGCUUAUUGGAAGAGUGAAGAAGAAAGCCAUAGCGCUUGCAAAUAUAAGUGCCCACCAUGGCAUUUGAACCUGAUCAUUUAAGAAUAUGCAGAGAAGAAGCGAAACAGCAAGACUCACAGCCAGCAACAAGUAAAACCACCAGGCAGGUAUGUCCUUGUAUCUUUUCAUCAAUCUGGUGUGAAUAUCCUCCUUGCCCUUGCUAGAAGCACGAUAUCGCUCGAGUAUCUCCCUGUGGAUUAAAGUUGUAUCCAGAACAUUACAAUCCGGUUCAGAAUCUCUUGCUCCAGAUACUAAUAAGAAAUGAGGUGUUUAGAUUGUAUUACCUUCCAUAGAAGAGAGCAACAUGCAUAAGGGUAGAUGCAAUGGUGGCGAAACCAAAGCCAUAAGUAAGAGCAAAAAACAUGCUUAAAUGAAUUCUUCCUUGCUCAUCAUACUUCGGCAGAUCAAGCUCAAACUUGUCAUUGACAAUAGCUGGUAUAUUAUACUUCUGGCCUUGCGCUGUAAACAAGUGCGAGGAGAAUAUAGGAAAUCUGUGUGCAUUGUACAAGUCUAGGCCCCAAUAAGCAACAGGAAUGGCAAUGUAGAGUAUCAGCACAUAGCCAAUAGCAACAUUGACAAUGGCAAAGAAAGGGCUAAUGAGUGGGCUGAACAAGAAGGAUGCUACAGCAGACCAAUCAAGUGUGAAAGCUCCGAGUCCAAGGCCUCUCAUGCCUGAGCCAAGUUGCUGUGCUGUUACGGACUUCGAAAACACCCAGCAGACCCAUGAAAUGCUUGUGCUGAUUCAAGUGCUAGAAACAUCUCUGCAGAUUGAAGAUAUAUGUGAUGAUCAAGACAAUUCUACACUCUUCCUCCAUCAUGACAUGCUCACAAGUAAAUGGACUCUAUUAGCUUUCCAGGCAUUUCAACAGCUUUUUGGUCGUUUCUUUUUUUGGUGGUAAGUGCAGAACAUAGGAUGGCUAUUGUACGAAUCAGAUGAUUGGAACUGUUAUUGUUAUUUGUUGUUAGCUUGCACAUCUCUUUUCUCAGUUUAGGCAAUUUCGGGUCUAUCCUUAAAGCACAUCAAACAUCAGGGCCCUUUCUCAAAUUUCUUUGCCCUGCAGUGCUCACUGGAAACACCACCAUGUACCUGAUUGUGCUGCAAUAAUCACUACAUAUGAUGUGAUAAUCCAAGUGAAAUAAACUUACUUUACUAA